AUGCCCAGGCUCGCCUCUCCCCCUCAUACCCCCAGCCACCAAUUCAACUUUUCUUCUGCUCGCAUGUCAGACGUAGCCCUCAGGAAAAAGAAAAAUGCAGAUGCUCAGGCUGCCUUUAGAGCUCGCAGGGCAAACUACAUAUCCACCCUCGAGGAAACAGUCACAAACCUCGAGUCCGUCGUGUUGCAGCUUCAGGAUUCAUGUCGUGAGGCCCGUGCUGAGGCCCUGGAGCUACGACAAGAUAAUGCCCGUCUACGACACGCUUUUCGCGAACGCGAAAAUCUCUGGCGAGCAAUGUGGCCUCGCAAAUCGGGUCACGGUCCCGAUGCUGAUGACCCCCCACCGCCGCCGCCACUGUCCUACCCACAUCCUGCUAUCAACGGUCAUUUGGGUUCUUCACAGCUCUCGCAUUAUGGCUCAGACAACAUGUCCUAUCGUCCCGGUGAGGAUCCUACGAUGUGCGGCAGUCAGUAUACCGCACCCAAUCCACCAGCCCUUGCCUACGUCGAGAACCAAGUGUCUCCGGACGGUCCCCAGCCGCUGUCUUCACGCGUUCCAAAGUAUAAUUCCUAUUUUAAUCCAGUCACGUCUUCUCCUCGCGACGGUUCUUGGUCCAGUAUGGGUCAAACUUCGCCAGGAGAACAAGGGCUACCGCCGAAUACUAGUCACUCAUCAGGUUCACCCCACUUUGUUGGAUCGCCCACAGUCACGUCUUCCGAAAUGUCCUAUGUCGAGCGGUACCCUGUUGAGGACCAAAAGGCUCCCUUGAACACUCUUGAAACGAAUCCUUAUGUUUUUCCCGCCAGCCGUUCCAUUUCACCAUCCAGUUCGACCCCUCCUUCAUCAUCUUCUGCAACUUUGAACCCCCCGUUUCAGUUCAACUUUCCGGAAAAUGGCGCCUCGUCCGAUCGUGCAAACUUUGAUUAUCGCCGGCAAGGUGAAGUCAUGUUGCAUGGAGGCACAGCUGAUAUCUCUCUUUCUGGUCCAGCCAGUGAUGCCGUCCGCUACAGGCUGGGGACAAAACGAUCACAUUCCGGUGCUGACCGCCCACUCCUUCCCAUACUUCCCCCUCUUUCUUCCAGCGACAACGGCUCCCCACAUGAAGGAAGUGACGGGGACUCUGCUUCCUAUCCCUCAAGCCGGCUGCGCUCGCGUCGGAGUGUCCCCCUGCCACGGAGUUCUCGUUCCCCAUCGCCAGGUGGGGCACAACAGCUAUCAGGAACUCUCGCUGUUAUCAAGGCGCAGGCCUUUGGUGCGCUGCGUAAAACACGUACACGUACCAAAAAACCAUCUGACGGGGCCGCCAAAGUCGCCAUUGACGUUCUUGAGGCUCGUGGCCUUGGAAUAGGUGCUCCGACGCCUUCCAAACGGCCACGGCUUAGUGAUGACCUUGACUUGGAUUCACGACCAUCAUGA